GUGGCAGGCCCGACGCGGGGCCCGGCGACGGGGGGAACGAGGUCGAGAACACAGGCAUUUCUUCGCCUUUUCCCGUCGGGUCGGGUCGGGUCCCGGUGAUGUCAGGUGGAGGCGAGGACGAGGCAGUGACGGCGGGCGGGUUGAGCUUUAGCGCGGCCUUUGUCCCACCCCUCGAGGCCGUCCUCCAGGCGCGCCCCGCUUCCUUCGCUUGCUCCCGGCCCCGCCACUCCCUCGCCAGCCCAAACAGUUGUUUACAACGGAAUCCGGACGCUGGGCGUGAGUGGCACUGAGUGCUAGAGAAAGGGAUUCUCGUCGUCGGUGGACAGAGCCCCUUUCUUUUGCUGAAAGACCCUUUCUGCUGAGGAGUCUCUUGGGCUCGGCGUGCAGCUCACAUAGACGGUCUUCACGGCAAGUGCGAGGAUCCCCCCACCCUCGAUUCCCUUUUUAGGCGUAGCGGGAGUUGGGGAUUGUUGAAUGAAUGAGCACACUGCAAGCAAUUAAAUGGUUCCUCGCUGCAUCCUAAAGCCCUCUAAUUAUAGUUGCCAUAUGUGGGAAGCCUGUUGUGUACCAGCUGUCGUCAUGCACGCUCUGAGGUUUACACUUCCCCUAACCGAAGAGGUAGGUAGCUGUCUUUUACAGACGAGGAAACUGAAGUUAACACAGCUAGUUAGGAGCCGGAAUUGGAACCCAGGCCUGGAAAUGUCAAUUCCAGAAACGUCAUUCUAUUUAAUGGGGACAUCUGAUGUUCAGAUAAUUAUAUCAGGUGACUCUUCUGUCUAAUGUGCAGAAGGAAGUCUUCCAAACCUCCUGAGAACAGUCAACAUUUCUUUUGAUCCCUGGAUUAACCUUCCAGGAAAGUGAAUGAACUUAAUUGAGAAUGUCUGAAAAUCUUGACAAGUCUAAUAUAAAUGAAGCAGGAAAAUCAAAAUCAAAUGAUUCUGAGCAAGGCCUUGAAGAUGCCGUGGAAGGUUCUGAAAAAGCUUUACAGAAAAAAAUAAAGUCGGGCUCUCCUAGCACCAGAAGAGUGCAAAGACCUCAUGCUAGUCCUCCUCGAUUUGUGACAGUGGAAGAACUUCUAGAGACUGCAAAAGGAGUCACUAACAUGGCCCUGGCCCAUGAAAUUGUGGUAAAUGGAGACUUUCGGAUUAAACCAGUUGAAUUACCAGAAGACAGCUUGGAAAAGAGAGUAAAGGAUAUUGUACAUAAAGCUUUUUGGGAUUGCUUGAGUGUCCAGCUAAGUGAAGACCCCCCAACGUAUGACCGGGCCAUCAAGCUUGUUGGUGAGAUCAAAGAGACUCUCUUAUCUUUCUUGCUGCCUGGUCACACUAGACUGAGAAACCAAAUAACAGAAGUCUUGGAUCUGGAUCUGAUAAAGCAGGAGGCAGAGAACGGGGCCCUGGACAUUUCCAAGCUGGCAGAAUUCAUUAUUGGCAUGAUGGGGACACUGUGUGCACCUGUUCGAGACGAGGAAGUUAAGAAACUAAAGGACAUUAAGGAAAUAGUGCCCCUUUUCAGGGCAAUCUUUUCUGUGUUGGACCUGAUGAAAGUGGACAUGGCUAACUUUGCGGUCAGUAGCAUUAGACCGCAUCUCAUGCAGCAGUCAGUUGAAUAUGAAAGGAAGCAGUUUCAGGAGAUUCUGGAGAAGCAGCCAAAUUCCCUGGACUUUGUUACCCAGUGGCUGGAAGAGGCCGCAGAUGACCUUCUGAGUCAGAAGUAUAAGAAUGCCCUGCCGGCUGGGGAAGGGGCCGCUGGCUCUGGGGACGGUCCCAGUCCAGAUCCUGUUGAAGUCCAGAAUUAUGCAUACCUGAUGCUUCUAAAAUGGGACCACCUCCACAGACCUUUCCCUGAAACAGUUUUGAUGGACCAUUCUCGCUUCCAAGAGCUUCAACUGCAGUUGGAGCAACUGACCGUCCUGGGGGCUGUGUUGCUGGUCACGUUCAGCAUGGCAGCCCCAGGAAUUUCCAGCCGGGCUGACUUUGCUGAGAAACUGAAGAUGUUUGUGAAGAUCCUACUCACAGAUAUGCAUCUGCCGAAGGAUCUCGAUCCAGGACAAAGGCAAUUGCCUCCUCAUACAACACCCACCAGCACGAGGGCUCCCCUCAGAGACUCUAGGAGAGCCCAGGAGACCCAGGAUAUCAAGCUCCUUCCAUCUGGAGGAUGCCCUGACUACCGUUGGGGAGAAAGUCUGCCUGGAGGUGAGCAGCUGCCUCUCCCUGUGCGGGUUCAGCCCCCUCACUGCGGACAAGGAGGCCGUGCUCAAGGGCCAGGUCCACGCCGUGGCCAGUCCCGACAACCCCAUCCGCAGGAUCGUGGAGUCCCGAAUCCUGACCUUCUUAGACGCCUACCUUGCCUCAGGUCAUCAGAAGCCAUUGCCCACAGCGCCGGGGGGAUUGGGUCCGAUUCAGAAAGAGCUGGAGGAAGUUGCCGUUAAAUUUGCUCGCCUGGUCAACUACAACAAGAUGGUCUUCAGUCCCUACUAUGAUGCAAUCCUCAGUAAGAUCCUCGUCAGGUCCUAACCGCUACGCGCCCUCUAGCGGCAGUGUGAUCCGCUCGACUCAGAACACCUGUUCUUCACUGUAACGUUGCUUUGGAAAAUAGCUAUUUAGUACAUUUCUGUUUAACAGCGCUGAAUCCAAAAGGAAGACUAUUGUGUGUAUCACUGUUGAAAAAAGGCACUGAAUUCUAUUUUGAGGGUUCGUAUUUAUGAGUGCAAGUUUACAAAUCAAAGAAGCUUUUUGUUAUCUUGGGUUUGGUAGGUGGCACUCAGGUUUUAGCUGGUGGACUGCUGUGUGUCUCCACCCCGACUCUGUCCUGAUUUGUAGCUGCCUUGUCUCUCCCAGGAGCAUCUGGGUCAUUUUUCUCCCAGACACCUUAGAGUAUCUGACAGCCACCCCAGAGUGAACGAAGCCAGGCCAAGACUGUGUUUAGACUCUUGUCCCCUCUUGAAAGGCUCCCACCAGGUAUUUUGUGUUAGAAGGACUCUAUAUAGUCUUACUGCCUUCCCCGACUCCCUUCUGCCUGCACAAUUUAUUGCUUUCUCCCUGCCUGGCCCAGUCAGAGCCCUAGAACCUUCUGUUUUAGAGGAGAGUUACUUGAUUUUAAAAAGCUUACUCUUUUAUACAGAAUUACUCCUGAGCCUGGAUGAUAGCAGUCAUGUUAUGGAAUACAGAGGAAGGAAAAUUUGUUGACUUUUAUGCCUUGCAAGUUAAAGAGGAAUAUUUUUUUUAAUAUAUGUCAGUGUAAUAUAUAAGAAGACAAAUGUCUGGAGUUUUUACUGAAAAAUUCACUGUGAUACAAUACACAGGUUUAUUAACUGGAUUCAAAUUCCAGAAUUAGAUUUGAAUGUUUUCAGAUAAAAUAGCAUAUGCUCACUUAUUUCUUGGAUAAAGAAGUCAUAGAAAAUCCUUGGGUUUUUUGAGCAGUGUUUAUCAAUGAAUUUAAGCGACCAGAAUUCCUGACAUAUCCUGUGACUGAAAGGGUAGCUUGGGUCUCACGGAUGACCUGUUCUGUUAAAAAAAUAAAAUGUGUGCCUGUGUGUAUUGUAGAUGGGGACAUGAUAUUCGAAACAGCCGUGAAGUUGUUGGAGCGAUCUCUAACUGCAGGAACAGCAAGGCGUGCAGUCAUGCAAGGAAUUCCUACAUUCAAGCCGAUGAGGGGCGGGGCGGAGCAGAGGACAGGGUUGAAGAAACAUUCACCAUGCAGACUUCAGAGGAGUGAAUGGUUAUACUGGGAGGAAUGUGACUUCACAAAUUUGCUGCAGACUGUGCUCUCAUAUUUUUACUUGCUAUCAGAAAUGUCUGCAGGGUUACAUGGUCAGAGGUCGUAUUGUUAAAGUUUCGACUCAAGGACAAAUCGUCCCUGGUUUCAUUGGAAGGGGAUAAAGUUCAGGAAGCAGAACUUUGAAAGAACAAAAUCGCAUCUUUCAUGCGUAUUCAGUGAGGUCACUUCUGGAGUUGUUCCUGGAGAUCAGGUUGCUGUGUGGCAGCUGUGAUGACUGAUUGUAUAGUAUGAGGUUCUGGGGGCAGCCCCCCCCCUCAGCCUUGGGGUGUUUGGGUUCCUUCCCCCCCAACCCCCCCGCCAACGGUGGGGGAGGAGCUUUACUCCAAAAUAUGCAGGGUAGGUCCCCACCUCCUGGAGUCUUUCCCUCAGUCUCAAAGGUUCUGCUUUCUUUUGUAAGAAUUAACUCUUAGUAGAUUUUUUUUUCCUCGUGGGUUCCUACACGGACAGAAUGAAGUUUGGACUGUUUGAAAGCUUGAUGCAUACAUAGCAGGGAGCCUCACAGACUUCCUGUGGCCCCCACUGCCUCAGUUCUGCUGCUGGAAUUCUACAAAGGCCAGAGUGAAGGCGACAGAGUUCAGAAUCAUAGUAUUCAUAUUGAAUCGUUUUGUUGUGGCUCUUUGAAGAUAAGCGAGCUAGUUUUCUUCCUGGAAUCUCGUAGGAUUAUCACUAAGGGCCAGGAAAACUCAUUUAGUUCAUUUAGUCACUCGGGAAAUGUUCACUAAGCAUCUGCUCGGAACUCCCCUCUACAGCUCUGCCUCCGAGACAGAACAUCCUUCGGCAUAUAAAUCAUCCCUCAGAAUUGAGUUGGUUUUAUAUACUGCAUACCGACUGGAUUUGACAUGAUUUCGUGCCUAACUGAUUUGUGGAAGACAAGUGUCUCUUAUGAAGGUGCUUAGUUUAUUUGGCAUUAGGGUUUCACUGCAUGUGGGCAGAACGGGGUGCCUAGAGAGUUGGGUCAGUAUCAGCAGGUCCCUUAGAUUUCUUUGAUAGUCUCUUGAAUGAAUGAAUGAGUGAGUGACUGUCCAGAGCAGUAACUGCUGCCUUGUCAGCUCUCAGUUGAUGGGGUGGAUGGUGGGUGGAUUCUCAGUCUAUGUGUUUUUUUUUGAAAAAUCUCAUCACUGCUAAAGUAGGCUGUAAAUGUGAUUGUUUAUGUAACCAUAUAACCCAACUAUAAAUAUACUUCAGGUAAGAAUCACACUGAUGUCUUACUGAUUAGUACAGUAGACAGGUGUACAGGAACUGCUUUCUCUGUGAAGGAAAGUUAUUAAAAAGUUUGACAUAAUAGGCAUAUAACAUGCACAUACUAGCUGACAGCUCUGAAUGGAUUAUUUAGCAGUUCUGUUUUUGUGCCGGUGCUUAUUUUAAUUUCUGCAAAGCCUUAAGAUCCCUGGGAAUAGAGCAACCUACUUUCCUGGCGAGUUUCAAAGGGAGAGGCUCCGUGUUUGCUGUUUGAUUUCCAGUGACCUUUUGGCAUGCCCUGAUUUAUAUGUAUAACAUUUGUACCUCUCAAAUUCCAGGCAGGGUGGUAGAGUGGAAGUCUGGGAGCUGUCAAGAAACCAGAGUUCUGAUCCCGUUUCUGUUACGUGAUUAGUUGGGGACAAAUCAGGGCCCAUUUCCGGUACCUAUAAAAUGAAAGGACUAGAAUUUUCCUAUAAGUGCCCUUCCAGUUUUGACUUUCUGUGGUAAAUCUGACUGGAGCAACUUAAGUAGACUGCAGUAGGAUUGUGCAGAAAGUUCCUGAUUUACAGGACUAUCUGGGCUUUCCUUUGUUGCCUUCUUACGAGUUACGUGAUGCUGAGCUAGUCAUCCUCCCUUGGGCUCUGUAUUUUCAUCCAUUAAACGGGAACACUCCUAACUCACACUUCCUAUGAGGAUUAAGUUUGAUCAUGGAUGUUAGAAUGCUUUGUACAUGGAAAAGGACUACAGAUUGCUUUGUUAGCAACAAAGGAGAGCAUAUAAUCCUCUGCCUGUAGGUGCACAUCUGUUAUGAUGAAUUUGACUGUGGGUGCCCAGGCUCCCUUCAGGCAAGCACGUUUUACAGGCCUGUAGGGAAGGCGUUCCUCCUGUCCUGUCCAGAACUGUUACUUUCUUUUAUCGUCUCUUCUGUACUAGACCUGCAGUCUUACCUCUUCUUAUCUGCACCCCAGUGAUUUCUCCCCAUUUCCAACUCUAUAUUAUUUGAACUAAAUGAACGUGUGAGUGAACAAAUGAGUGGAUGACUGGAUGGUAGUGGAUGGUGGGCUGUGAAACUCACAUUAAAAGGCACUAUUCCAUUGAAAACAUAAUCUAAAUAAAGAAUUACAAUGA